UGCUCAUCAUCUUCCUGGCGCUGGGCGUCCUCAUCUUCGCCACCAUGAUCUACUACGCCGAGCGCAUCGGCGCCGACCCCGACGACCCCACCGCCGCCAAGCACACCAACUUCAAGAACAUCCCCAUCGGCUUCUGGUGGGCCGUGGUCACCAUGACCACGCUGGGCUACGGGGACAUGUACCCCGAGACCUGGUCGGGCAUGCUGGUGGGGGCCCUGUGCGCUCUGGCCGGCGUGCUGACCAUCGCCAUGCCCGUGCCCGUCAUCGUCAACAACUUCGGCAUGUACUACUCGCUGGCCAUGGCCAAGCAGAAGCUGCCCAAGAAGAGGAACAAGCACAUCCCCCGCGCGCCGCAGCCGGGCUCGCCCAACUACUGCAAGCCGGACGCCCUCGCCAUGGCCACCGCCUCGCCGCAAAGGCUGAUGGGUAAUGUGAUCGGGCCAGGCAUGGUGGGAUCAGGCAGCAUGGUGGGCACGGGGGACUGCCCCCUGGCCCAGGAGGAGAUCAUUGAGAUCAACAGAGCAGACUCCAAGCAGAACGGCGACGCGGCGGCGGCUAACGCGGCGCUGGCUAACGAGGACUGCCCCAACAUCGACCAGGUGCUGGGCGACGAGCGCAGCCCGGCCACCGGCGGCCUGCUCGGCUCGGGCGGCGGUGGCGCCCGCGAGCGCUACCCCCACGACCGCGCCUGCUUCCUGCUCAGCACCGGCGAGUUCCAGCGGCCCGCCGACGGCAACGUGCGCAAAGUGUUGAGUUUCUAACUUCCCGCUGUACCUGAGCAAAGAGGAACGACAAAACAAACGUGCAAUAGUCCUCGACGCAAAGACAUGGGGUAGCAGACUCACGAGAGAGAGGAAAAGAGAGAGGCCAUGAGAACAUAAGGAGAAAGAGAGAGAGAGAGAGAUAGAGAGAGAGAGAGCUGAGGGUGGAAAAACAAGAAAAUAUCCUGCUUUUUUUUGCUUGGUUAACGUGAUAAUAAUCUUCUUCUUCAAUCCUGUCUCUGUUGAAAGCUCCUGCUUUCCACACCCUGCUCAGGAGAACAUUGAAUGGACCAAUGACAAGAGAGCAUAUGUCCAUGCAACCUUUAAAUUCAUAAUGAAGAGAGGUAAUGCAUUGGAUGACGUAGGAAACCAAUGUAGCACCAAAUCCUUUGACCACAAAGCUUUUUUUAACACAUUCUUUAUUCAGCGUCCUCUUUUUUUUUCAGUUUUACAGUCAUUCUUGUUUUCCGAUCAUCCUUACCUCGCAACGGACUAUGCAACGUGAGAAAACGCCAGAGCCUGAUGUCCUAAGUGGAUCGAGACUGGCCCAGAUGAUGUCGUGAGGCACAGGACUAUUUUAUUAAAACAAGUCUCUCACAGAGUAGGACAGGAUGUUACACACACACACACACGCACGCACACACACAUACUGUACACACAGGAUACAUCCGUCAGAUCCCAUGCUAUUUUGUCGUUGUCAUCAUGACCCUGUGUCAUGGUCGUAGCAGUUGCCAACUUCGGGACUCCGAGGAACAAACAGGGGGCGGCUUUCAUUUGAAAGCUCCCCAGAUAGUUCAGCCACUCCCCUCGAUUGCUGCUGGAGCCCGCCCAAACAAAAACACAGACAGAUGGCAACCCUGUUGUCAGCGAGGCCUGAAGAGCGAGGGAGCAGAGGAAGGAAAGAAAAGAAAGACUGUGUGCUUUGCGGGACGGACAACAAACCGAAAGAGGACAGAAUAACCUCCAAUCGUCUCUUGAAAGGCAGCGACCGCGACGAGGGAGUCGACGGAAAAAGACAUUGUUCUAUUUUGAGUGCCCGGCACACUUUAUCGUCAUUUUAGCAUAUAUCCCCUACCUCCCCCCCCCCCUCCUCUCUCUCUCUCUCUUUCUCUCUCUCUCUCUCUGUCUCUCGCGCUCUCUCUCUCGCUCGUUCUCUCCCUUUCUCCAUCCCUCUCUCCCUCGUUCUCUCGGACAACGUCUUCCACUCCCUCCCUGCAUCUCAGCAUUGCUGCUGCUCUUUUGUAGCAAAAAAACUGCAUGGCAUGACCAAAAAAAAAAAAAAAAAACUGAACCCGAAGAAAGA